UUUAAACCACAAGGUGUCAGCAAAUCACCACAAAAGGAAAGGUCUUCAUGGGUUUCUCCUGCCUCCUGCAAUGAGCUCAGGCAUAGAGUCCAGACUACCUAUACAGCAGAUGUGAUUUACUUUAUGGUGAGUGAAAGGAAUUUUUAUUUUUAUGAGGACAAGACUGGUCCAAUAAGUCUGGCGUAAAUGUCAAGCUAUAUCAUCUUUCACUGUUCCCUAAUUUAAGAACCAUUCAAGUUUUUGUGAUAUGCCAUCCCAGGGCUAGGUAAACCUGGGUGUGACCCUGGGCCAAAAAAUAGCUGUUAGGCCCCUCCAGACACACACAGAUGUUGUUUCCCCCAACCCAUUUUGCCCAGAGACUCAGUAACCAACAAGUAUUUUUUUUACUGGAAGGCUACCCUGCCAAAGAUUUGCUGUAAGUUAGUUUAUUCACCAUAUGUCAACAUAAUGUUAACUGAAAUUUAAAAGCAUUAAAACUUGAUUUUGACAAAGAGCCCCUCACUAAGAAAUGGCCCCGAGAUACAGUUUUAAUGUGUUAUAGUAAGAUAUAUUACCAAACCAGUUCAUAAUUAAUCAAAUUACCACAAAAUAAUUGCCAUGCAAACAAUGUUCGGGGCCCCUGAUGGUCUGGAGUCAGCUGUCAGUUGCCUGGUAUAAUUGUUGCCUCUAUAAUGAAAUUUAGGCUACUAAAACUAUUAGGGAAAGGUUUUUUGAUACUUGAGGCAGUUGUUCAGGGAUCUCAAAGGGUCUUGGAUGCAAGGCUGGAUUAUCAACCAGGCAAAGUCGCCAGCUGACUUCCGGGACCCCAGAAGUACCAGGUUCCCUAAAUGCCCAAUGUGUGUAUGGAAAGGGAGGUGACACUGGUCGCCCAAAGGCAGCCAUGUGUGCAGGCCUUCACACGCAUGGUUAAAGUGUGGAAGCAAGGCUGUGUGGGACAGUCAUGGUGCAUGGGAUACGAGAGGAGAACGGCAUACUACACAGCAUACAGACAAGUGUACAGACAGGAUUAUCAGACUGUGUACAAGUGUUGCCCUGGAUGGUCUCAACUCAAUGGAGAGGCAGGUUGUCUCUAUCCGGUAUGUAGCUACGGUGUGUGCUUCAAUGGGGGCCACUGUCGAGAGGGAUCCACCCAGCUCUGUGACUGUCCUGCAGGGUUCAACGGGCCCAGCUGCCAGUAUGAUGUGAAUGAAUGUGAGGAGACCAAUGGAGGCUGUGAGGCUCUCUGCUGUAACACCAUUGGAAGUUUCUACUGCAGGUGCCCUCCUGGACAGAAACUAAAUGAAGAUGGCAAAACCUGUCAAGAUAUUGAUGAAUGCCAGGUCCAUAAUGGAGGCUGCCAGCACAGAUGCAUUAACACCAGGGGCUCCUACUACUGUGAAUGCCAUCCGGGCUCUCGCUUGCAUGUGGAUGGUCGCACCUGCCUCGCUGUCCAUUCGUGUGCCAUCAGCAACGGGGGAUGUGAACACUACUGUGUGCAAGAGUCUGCCGCUCAUUUCCGCUGCCGCUGCAAGCCAAAUUAUGAACUGGCAGAGGAUGGCAAGCAUUGUAAAUUGCAGAACCCGUGUGCAGAUCAGAACGGAGGCUGUAUGCACGACUGUCAUGUUGAUGGCGGCAAGGCGCACUGUGACUGUAGAGCUGGUUACAUCCUAGCUGAAGAUGGGAAAACCUGCGAAGAUAUUGAUGAGUGUGAGAUAGAAGACGGCAACUGCGCUCAUGGCUGCCACAACACUCCGGGCUCUUUCGUUUGUAUUUGUAACACGGCCUAUGAGCUUGGAUCUGAUGGAAAACAGUGCUACAGAAUUGAGAUGGAGAUUGUGAACAGCUGUGAGAACAACAACGGAGGCUGUUCGCAUCACUGCCAGCAUUCAACCAGCGGCCCAGUUUGCUCUUGUAACCAUGGUUACAGACUAGAUGACGACCUUAAAACUUGCGUUGACGUCGAUGAGUGUGGAGAGCAGAGCUCUUGCUGUGAGCAGGACUGCACCAACUAUCCUGGAGGUUAUGAAUGCUACUGCGCAGCAGGGUACAGACUCAACUCAGAUGGAUGUAGCUGCGAUGAUGUAGAUGAGUGUCUGGCAGAUAAUGGCGGUUGUGAUCACACAUGCCAGAACAACGCGGGUUCCUUUCAGUGUUUCUGCCGACGGGGUUUCCGUCUGGACGAGGACCGGCUCUCUUGCAUCCCACUAGAAGAAACAGUUGAGGCCCUCUCCAGCGGAGGUGCCAUCGAGCUGCCUCUUCUGCGCCCCCAGCUCACCUUACUGCAGGACUACAGCCAACCCCUGGAGCGCUAUGACGACUACGAAGACGACGAGGGGGAGCUGAGGGCCGAGAGUAACCUGGCAGAGAAAUUCGUAUGUUUGGACGACACCUUUGGCAACGACUGCAGUUUGACGUGUGACGACUGUUCUAAUGGAGGAAAAUGUAAUCCAUGGAAGAAUGGCUGCGAUUGCCCUGAUGGGUGGACCGGCAUCGUUUGCAACCAGACGUGCCCCGAUGGAUAUUUUGGUAAAAACUGCUCCUUCCCCUGCAAGUGUAAAAAUGGUGCCAGCUGUGAUCCUGUUUCUGGGAGCUGCCGCUGCCCGCCUGGGGUCAGUGGAGACUUGUGCCAGGAUGGCUGUCCAAAGGGACUCUAUGGGAAGCAGUGCAACAAGAAGUGUAACUGUGCAAAUAACGGUCGCUGUCAUCGGACCUACGGAGCAUGUCUGUGUGAUCCUGGCCUGUAUGGGCGCUUCUGCCACCUGCCUUGUCCUAAGUGGACUUUCGGACCUGGCUGCUCUGAGGAGUGUCAGUGCCUCCAGCAGAACACUCUGGAGUGUCACCGUCGUCAUGGUACCUGUGUCUGUAAACCCGGUUACCAGGGCAACACCUGCAAAGACGAAUGUAACCCAGGUACUUAUGGAGCCGGCUGUGAGAAGAAGUGCACCUGCCUGCCAGGAGUGUCGUGUCAUCAUGUGACUGGGGAGUGCCAACGAAAGUGCCCACCUGGUCAUCACGGGGAGAAUUGUGAUCAAGACUGUCCCGAAGGAAGGUUUGGAACAGGCUGCGUCCAUCCUUGUAAUUGCACCGGCGCCCCAUGUGACAAAGUGACAGGACAAUGCAAGUGUCCGCCGGGGACAUCAGGAAAGCACUGUGAGAACUUGUGUCCGGAGGGUUUCUGGGGUCCCAACUGCACUGGAACCUGCCCUGUUUGUGAGAACGGGGGCGUCUGUGAUAAACACAAUGGGUCAUGUAACUGUCCUCCAGGGUUCAUGGGAAGAACCUGCCAGAACUCGUGCCCAAGUGGACGUUUCGGUCAAGGAUGCCAAAUGAAGUGUGUGUGUGAGAACAACGCUCGCUGCGACCCCGUGAGUGGGCGGUGUACCUGCGCUCCUGGCUGGAGUGGACACAACUGCAGGAAAGCUUGUGAUGCAGGGCACUGGGGAACGGACUGUGCAGAAAGCUGCGACUGUAGAAACGGAGAUGGCAGCUGUGACGCCGUGACGGGACAGUGCAACUGUGAGGCUGGUUACACCGGAACACACUGCCAUCAGAAGUGCCCAGCAGGUAUGUUUGGUCUCGGUUGUCGCCAUCGGUGUCAGUGUGACAACAAGGCCUUGUGCGACCAUGUGAGCGGAGCUUGUACCUGCCAGGUGGGAUGGACUGGAACCUUUUGCGAAAAGCCGUGUCCUCAGGGUUUCUACGGGUUGGACUGUCAGGAAAAGUGUUUGUGUCUUAACGGCGGGAGCUGUAACCAUGUCAGCGGGGUUUGUUCCUGUCCUCCUGGCUGGAUUGGUCCUUUCUGCAACAUGACGUGCCCAACCCAUUUCUAUGGAGAAGGAUGUAACCAAACCUGUAGCUGCCGUAACAAUGGCAUCUGCCACCCGGCCAGUGGGCAGUGUGUGUGCACGCCAGGCUGGACCGGACCCAACUGCACAGAAGAAUGCCCUGCUGGGUUUUAUGGAGCAGACUGUCAGCAGCGUUGCUUGUGUCAGAACGGAGCCACCUGUAACAAGACCAACGGAAAAUGCACGUGUGCCAGUGGAUGGACGGGCACAGCCUGUGAACUGGAGUGUGUAGCGGGCCGAUUCGGGACGGAUUGCCAGCAGCAGUGUGAAUGUGAGAACGGCGGCCAGUGUGACAGGCAGACUGGACGGUGCAGCUGCAGCGUCGGCUGGAUCGGAGAACACUGCGAGAAAGCCUGUGAACCGGGCCUGUUUGGCGCUGGAUGUGAGGAAAGAUGUCAGUGUGUGCACGGCACGUCCUGUCACCAUGUCACUGGAGAGUGCCAGUGUCCGCCAGGUUGGCGAGGAAAGCUCUGUGACAAAGCUUGUUUGCCAGGUUCAUAUGGGAAGGGCUGCAUGCAGCGCUGCAGCUGCACUCAGGGAACGUCCUGCCACCACAUCUCUGGAGAGUGCGGCUGUCCUCCUGGAUUCACCGGAAACGGCUGUGAACAGAUUUGUCUUCCAGGAACAUUCGGGCAUAACUGUAACCAGGUCUGUCAGUGCUCAGAGACAAACCAGCUCUGCCACCCGGUGUCUGGAUCAUGUUACUGCGCUCCAGGGUUCCAGGGCCCCAAAUGUGACCAAAUCUGUGCAGAGGGUCAUUACGGUCCAGACUGUAAACGAAAGUGCCAGUGUGAAAACGGAGGGAAGUGCGUUUCCUCCACCGGGGCCUGUGAAUGUCCAGCAGGAUUUAUAGGAGCUCGCUGCAACAUCACGUGUCCCGCUGGGCGUUACGGAGUCGACUGUGCUCAGGUGGCACUUUGUGGAGACGGAGCCCAGAAUGACCCGGUCACCGGUCGGUGUGUGUGCUUACCCGGACAGAAGGGAGAGGACUGUGGACAGGGCUGCCCUCCAGGCUGGUUUGGGGAGGACUGUAUCCAACGCUGUAGCUGCAGUAAUGGAGGAGUGUGUGACUCUGCAAGCGGAAACUGUACCUGUGGUCUGGGCUGGACAGGUGAACACUGCGACAAAGAAUGUCCUGCGGGCAGAUUUGGUGCCAACUGCCAGCUGAAAUGUAAGUGUCAAAAUAACGGCACUUGUGACAGAAUGACGGGGACGUGUCAGUGUGGUCCAGGCUACUACGGACAUGUGUGUGAACACGCCUGUCCUCCUGGUCUCCACGGCCCGCUGUGCCAGCUGCAAUGUGACUGUGUGAACGGAGCCUCCUGCCACCCUGCGUCCAGCCAGUGUAUCUGUCCUCCAGGACGCCACGGAGCUCGCUGCCACAGAGUGUGUGAGCAGGGUACCUACGGUCAGGGCUGUGCCAAGACGUGUGACUGUGAAGACGAUGCUCCGUGUGAUCCUGUGACGGGACGAUGCCUCUGCUCGUCAGGGAAGACCGGACCCAGAUGUGACGUUGACUGCAAAGUGAAUCGUUAUGGGCCAGACUGCAGAGAGAGCUGCCAGUGUGAGAACGGGGCGCAGUGCGACCGUCGCAACGGCCGCUGCAGCUGCCUGCACAGCUGGAUCGGACUCUACUGUCAGGAAGGUGGACCUCCAAGCCUCACCUCCGGGAGCAGCAAAGACUCACAACACGACAACUCAUUAUAGCACCAACAUCUAGCUGGAAGACUCCAACAAACUGGGACAGAUCAGCUGUUUUUUUUUUUUUUUUUUAACUGAAGUGACUCAAGUGAGUGAAAGCUUGUGACAGGAAGUUGUAGCCGGCAGCUGGAAGACCUGCAUGGAAAAAAGACUCUGAUGAGAACUGCAAUUCCACAUUUGGACCUGAGCCGAGUCCUUUGAACUGACCUGUCACUGGUACCACUGUGGUCAGUGGAUUUUUUUUGCAGUCAAACUGGAACAAACAAACACCUUUAGUCUUCAGGAUAAGAAUUGCUCCUCAAAAACUGCGUCACAAUGUCAGGGGAUUAUGGUUGUGUGUUUUUUUUUUUUUUUUUUUUACAGCACUCUGUGUAUUUUGUGUUGAAUAUUUUGACCUUGAAAUACCUUUUUGCAGGAACUGUAUAUAAAAUAAUCUCUAAUUUUGUAAGGAAAUGGGUGUUAUUGCCAGAUAUAAUGCAACCUCUUUUUGAAAGUUAUUUCAUUACUUGCCAGUGCUAUGAAGUUGUUCUUUCAUCUAUACAAUAUGAAGUACUACCUGAAGUUCAAUGGUGCUAUGGUGCUUUACUGUAUAGUGCAACAAAGGCUAUACUGAUCUUCAUAUGUUGUGUUGUACAACAUCACAGUAAAGCACAUUCAUGCCUUAAUGCACAGCUGCAACGUACAGUUUAUUAUGACCUACUAAAUAUUACAUAUCUACCAUCCAUGUGCACCUUCUCCAAGGUCGACUGUCUAAAUAUUUUCUUUUGAAUCGAUUGUGUAUAAAUUGCUUCAUAUUUAUACUUAAUACAGUUGAAUAUACUGCAAGUUUAAAAUGCGACUUUGCAGCUCGGACAAAUCUUCAGUCCAGUGAACAACCCAGAAUGAGGUUUUGCACAUGAAUGCCAAUAAAGAAAGACAGACACACACACA